CCCUGCGGCACGCUCUGCCUCCGCCUGCGUGUACGGCUCCUCCCUCAGUUGCUUCAACCUGCAGACACACACAGGUGAAAUUCCUCUGACGUGUUUAAAAUUUCGGACGGCCCCUGAAGGCAGCACCAGGCUGCACUGCAUACGCGCCGUGGCGGAGAGCGAAGAUGGCGGAGAAUAAUGUCGAAGCGGAGCACGAUUGGAACGACUGGGCCCUGGAUGCGGCCGAGGAUACUGUCAUCGCGAUGGAAACCCUGCUGGCCACGCUCAGAGCUUUCGAAGACGUUCUCAGACAGCAAGAAAUCUCCGUGGCAUCUUCCACGGAGUACUGCGACAACUUCUGUCAGGCGCUGAUGCACUAUGCUGGGAGCAGGAACUCCAUCGAGCAUGGUCUGCCUCUGCUGGAGGUCUACUGCCUGUCCAUCAACUGCUUCGCCGCGGCCAGAUCCCACCUGACCGCAGAGUCCGACAGAGUGGGGCUCGUUUUGAAGAGGCUCGCUCUGAGCUGCUUUGAACUAUUGCUGUCGGUGCCUGACAAUGAAAUCCCAUAUGAAGCCUGGCUUCAGUUCCACCACUCUGUCCAGAUUGCCCAUGACACACUGAUCCAGUAUGGAAGCACAGACCUCCAAGCACUUCUGCAGAUAACAGGAGAAGGCGGAGCAUGGAGCAACCCGAUCCUGAACGCUCUGCUCACCGGCCAGAACACCAGCCCAGAGGACGUUAAUGCGUACAUUAGCCUGGAGGGCGAGGGCUUCAUGGAGAUGCGGGUGAAGCACCUGGAGAAGAUGGGUGAGGUCGCCAAGGCCGGCGUGUUGGCCAAAGCCUGCACCGAAUGCAGCCUUAUUUCCAACCAGGGAAUGUUCCGGCAGAUUUACGUCUCCCAGCUGUGCCAGCUGCUGCCCAACGAAGAGGCCAUCAUGGAGAUUUCCCGGCUGGACUGUAAGGACGUGCUGGACAUCACAUCCAGUUUGGAGUCGGAGGGAGAGGAGAACACGGCCUUCAUUCUCUGCACAACUUUCCUAACGCAGCAGCUGCAGCAGCAGAGUCUUUACUGCUCCUGGGAUUUGAUAUCGUUGUGGAGUAAGCUUCAGAGAAGACUUGACCCCUCGCUGACCUCUCUGCGAGAACGAUGCCUUCAGCUUGGUGCCAUUGCCAAAACGGUCCAACAUCUGCUGUACCUGGUCCGUGUGAUCCAGGCAGAGGCAGAGGAAAUUGGAGUACUUUCCUCAGUGGGGCUUUGUGUCAAAGCCCUUCAACUUCCGAAGCAAGACGACUCAGAAACGAGAACAUCCAUAUGCAGGAUGGUGGCCUCCCUCCUUCCGAAUGACCUGGAAGUUUUGCGUGCCUGCCAGCUGACGGAGUUCCUCCUUGGCACCAGCCAGGAAGCCUUCAAUUGCCUGAAGGAGCUCUACAUGCGGCCAGACCAAAAGUACGACCAGGAGGGCGAGGUUAUCCCCAACUCGCUCCGCUGCGAGUUGCUGCUGGCGCUGAAAGCCGACUGGCCUUUUGAUCCCGAGUUCUGGGACUGGAAAACUCUUAAAAACCACUGCAUAUCGCUGCUAGGGAUUAGGCCGGAGUCAGAGGAGGAGGAAGAGGACGAGGAAGAGAAGGCCAAGCAGCAGGAGCCACAAGGACUUCAAAUAAAAGUAGAACAGGAACCCCACAACAGGAUAAAUGGGGGUCUUGAUGUGGAUAAAAAUCAGAUCAAUAACCACAUGGGCAUUAAGGGAGGGUGUGAGAUGAAAAGGUCAAAGCUGCGGUGUCAGAUUUGUAAGAGAUCCAUCACAGACAUACAGAUAAUUCAUCACUCCAAAAGACACUCAGACAAGAGCAAUCACCCCUGCCCGGUGUGCUUGGAGGACUUCCGGAGCAGAAAGGACCUGAUUCCCCACCUGAGGAGACACAUCCUGAGCCACGAGCCUCCAGCUCAGCACAGCAUAAAGACCGAAGACACACAGAAGCAACUGGAUGAGGACGAUGACGUCGAACCGGGCGAGAUCACCGUUGACCCCUCGUUGAUGCUGUACUACGAAUCCACGCAUGACCCGGACGUGUUGCAUCAUAUCGUCGAACAGGCCAAGAACAAGGAGAAGCAGGAAGAGAGUGACGAGCACAUCACCUUCGACUACAUCGACAAACACUUCAAGCUGCAGAACCGCGAGGUGUAUCCCUGCCCGGCAACCAAAUGCACUCGUAUCUUUAAACACUCCAAGUAUCUAUAUGUCCACCUAAAAUCGGAGCACAAGGGAGAUGAAAAUGUGAAAUAUUUCCACCAGAUGCGAGACAAAAGGGAAAAAUGCGUCUUCUGUAGACGCCACUUUGUCUCUGCUUACCAUCACCGCAAACACAGGAAGGUUCACUACGGCGACCGACCUUACAUGUGUGUGGUCCACGGCUGUGGCGCUCGUUUCGGGACGUCCAAUGAACUCGUGAUGCACAAGCACACUCACGGCUUUCAGCUGAACUACCAAUGCGAGCUCAAGGGCUGCUACGUCACAUACUCCGACCUGGGGCAGAUCUACCACCACGAAGCGCAGCACUUCAGAGACGCUGCCUUUACCUGCAGUGGUGGUGAAUGUAAAAAAUACUUCUUAUCCAAAAAGGACUUCCUAAAGCAUCUAUCCACACACAACAUAACGUUCACCGAAAACGACUUUGAGGCGCAGAGAAGGGCUAAGCGGAAAUUCUUCAAGGCUGUCCGUGAGGUGAUGGUCCGCCCUGUGAAGCCUGCGGAUGUGAUGGAUGUUAUGAACGGCGAUAUUCUGAACUCUCAGUCGAUAAGUUCUGGCUCCUCUUUGCAAGAACCCGAGUUCAGUGAGCCCAAGGCGAUGAUAACGCUGGUGGCUGUGUGCUUCGAUGGAAGCAAGUUCACGUGCGGCUUUGAGAAGUGUGGAAUGACCUUUACCAGAGCCAGAGACGUGCAGAGGCAUCUAAAGUGUGCUCACCCGGAACAUCUCAAGCUGGAAAACAGAGAUCAAAAAAAUGAUAAGGAGGAGAACCCACCGAUGCUCAAAGAGAUCAAGAUGGAAAUGGAGCAAGAGAUCGAUGAGCAUGGAGAACAAGAGCAUUCUCCAUUGUUGCCCGUUGAGUCAGGCAAAGAGAAGAAUGUGUCCUUUGAUACCACACCAAAUGAAACAACUUCCUUAAGCCUUAACACAAAAACUGACGCUCUGAACGAAAUCCUUAUCGGGCUGAGCAAUCUAACCCUUGACCCCUCGUCAUCUCACAGUUCGCAAAACUCAGACUUUAUAUUGUCUCAGUCUUCUCUUCACCAGGCGAUCAUAGCGAAGCCUCCUGUCGUGUUGCUCAAGAAGAGACGCCAUUUGCUGGAGCAGAGGGUAAAAUCCGAAGCAGAGCAAUCAUCGGUAACGGCGGAGGAGGAUGACUCGUUAGCUUCAGCCAAGCCAUAUCUUUGCGAAAUCAAACGGUGUGGCUUUCGGACAGCAAGGAGCUACAGCUUGCUGCGACACUAUAUCUCCAUACACAACCACUCGUCCGAUGAGGCCAAGCUGAUGACUUCCUCAUUCAAGCCUUAUAAAUGCCAACUUUGCACCAAGAGUCACAGAGAGAAGAGAGUCCUGAAGGCCCACUAUCUUCAAGCGCAUAACAUGUCUGAGGACUACUUUGAGAAACUCAGCUUUGAGCCUGUGCCGUUUGAAGGAAACAAAGGCUCUCCAACACCGAAGCACAGUGAGAAAGUUAUAAAAGAUGCUGAGGAGACGCUGCAGCUGAAGGCAAAGGAAGAGACCGGGACCAGUGAGAACGGAGAAAAUGGCAGCAAUCACUCCUCAAUGGAAGAAGGAGAAGAUGAAUCAGAGAAUAAAGAUGAGCAGAAAGAGGAAAAUGAGGAGGAUAAAACACAGCAGAUCCGAACAAGGCGUGUCGUGACCAAAAGCAACCUGUGUUACAUGCUGGAUAAACUCAGUAAACCGUUCCACUGUGUGGCCAAAAACUGCUAUGCCUCUUUUUCCACUCAGGGAGGCCUCGUCCGCCACCUGCAGUUGGUGCAUCACUACAACCGUUCCCAACUCCUUUUGGAGAAGGACGGGGAUGCGCACGGCAGUCCUGAAGCUAGAAGGGAACCUGCAAAGAAAAGACCUCUCACAAACUCAGAUGAACCUCAGCCCCAGUUCAAGUGUCACUUUGCCAAAUGCUCUGCCUCGUAUCACCUUAAAAGCAGUCUGGUGAGGCACACAAGAGAUGUUCACUCCCGGCCUCCAGAGCUCAUACGAUGCAAAUUCGAUGGUUGCUCAAAGGUCUUCAGCCACAACGAAGACCUUAAGAAACACACUCUUUACAGCCACUUUGAGUACUAUGACUCACUGGUGGUACGGCUGCAGAGCACGCACAAAGAGUCGGUUUCCGGCUGCCAAAAAAAGGUGAUAGUUGCUCAAAGGAGUUCUCGUAAGGAUGAAACUUCUGAACCCACCACUGAGAAUUCAGAGUCCGAAGGGACGACUGAGUCGGACAAAAAGGACGACAGCAUUGCUGAUGGGAAAAAGGCGUCGAGUAAAAACGAGAAGCCAAGGAGAAACGCCUUUAGUGACUUUGUGUUGAGAUCUCACGAGGAAGCACUACAGAUGUGUCAGGACCGCUGUCUGCGCGUGGCGUACCCUUGCAUGGUCCAAGACUGCGACUCGGUUGUCACCUACCUGCACAGCUUGCACCGCCACUACAGGGGGGUGCACCGCAUGGAACAGGAAGAUCUCUACAAACAUGAAGACAAGCUUGUUUUCAACGCAGAGCAGCUGGAGGUUUUGAUCCAAAGGAAGUCCGCCAGGCCCCCCAUCAUGGGAGAAUUGUCACCUGCAGCGGUUCAGACAACGGAGGACAAAACUGAAGCGGAAAACGCAGAGGAGCAGCCUCCGCCUCAGAGUCCUCCUGCAGUCGAAACCAAAACGCAGGGAGAGGAAAGUCCUGAGCCUCUGGAAAUAUUACAGAAAAAACACGAGGAGGUUCCACCUGAGGUUGCAAAUGAGGCACCUAAAGAGGAAGAGAUCAAGGAACAACCUCUUGAGGAGGUGCUUGAAGUUACAAGAUCAGACAGCGCUACAAAACAGGAUGAAAGAUCGAUUCUAGACAAAUUCAAACCACUGCUUCGUCCCGUCACUGUGGCUCUCUCGCCUCCGUGCUCGCUUCAUGUUGCUUCUGAGACAGAUGAUAAAGUAACAAACACUACGCCACCACAAACACCGCCGGCGUCUCCAUCAUCAUCACCGCCGCCCACUGCCCCCAUCCGCCAGCCGCUGAAACGGAAAAACGAACUCUCUGACCAGCCUCUCGACAUCCAAGAAACCAAGUCUAAAAGCCCCUCUCCAACCUCUUUUGACAUCGGCACCUACAAGCCAAUGGGCUUCGAGGAAUCCUUCUUGAAGUUCAUUCAAGACUCGACUCCGGCAGAGGAAGACGAACCGGCGAAACGCAGAGAGACUUUGAAACGGGGCUGCUCCUUGAAAGAGAACAACCAGUUGGGGAUUUCUCACACCCGCAGCCGGCGCGCCCACUCCCCACUGGUGAAGCCCCACGCCAUGACUGGAGACUUCACCUCAGUACAAAACUUGAAGUCCAUCCUGGACAAAGCCCUGGCCGGGUGUGGGGACCUGGCCAUCAAGCAGCUACAGUACCUCAGACCGGUGGUGGUCCUGGGAAGGCCUGUAUCCAGCACCACUACGCCUGACCUCUUCCCAUCAAAGACUAACAGCAAAUUGCUUCUUGGAAGUUAGUUUCACUGAGCACCUUUUUUGUUAGUGGCAAUGAAAAAGAACUUUUUUCUCCACACAAAAAAUGUCAGUAUUUUUAUUUUAUCCAAAACAUUUUUUUCUAAGUUAACUGACCUUUUGUAGAAAUUAGAAUAGUAAUAAAAAAAAACGAGCCCCAGACGUGCAGAUCAGAAAAAUCUGACAGUAUUUUAGAUUUAUCAGUCAGAUAACAUCCAGUGUGUGAAUUCAGUCACUAAUGUAUAUUUACUCCAGCCCUCCCGGAUACAUGUAUAGCUUUUCAGAUUGUUAGAGAUGAUCAGUAGCAAAAUGCCAAGCCUUUUCAUUCUGGUGAAAAUGUGACUGAAAUGUUUCCCUACUACUUCAGUCCAGAGAAGUAUGUUUGGUUAUUUUUCACCUCCAUUUAUAUAAAACCAGUAUUGACAGCAGUUCUUGGACAACAUGUAUGUAAUAAUUUCUAAUAAAAAAAAUACAUGUGGAAAUAAAUUUAGGGCAUUUUGUAAUCAAUGAAAUUUUAAGUUUGAAGGUUGUUGGAUUCAUUAAGUGCCAAUAAUAAUUGCAUUUCGUUCUGUUUCUGAUUUGAAAAGAAGAAAAAAAACUUUGUACAUUGAUAUCUGUAAAAUAUAGUGUCAUGUUUUCAGUUGCAUAAUAGUAUUUACAUAGUCAGAAGGCUAGUAAAAGUAAGUAAUGUAUUAAAGUCACAGAAAAUCC